UGGGUGGGAGAAUAUUUUUCCAGAAUCCAAACAUUGACCAACCAGGAGACGGCGUUGCUUGUCACCUUGUUCUGGCUUUUGUUUGACCGUAAAGCUAACACGAUUUGUGUUUUCUUUCUCAGCCGCAUCAAGAAGAGACACAUUUACGUGAUCAGCACUAUGAAGAGACCCGUCCCUCUGGAGCAUCACCUGUACACCGGGAACAGCACCAAGACCCAGAAGGAGAUGUUCCUGCUGCUGGACGCCACCGGGAAUUUCCUCACCAAAGGGUAUUACGCAGCCGUCGAUGCCAAGAAGGAGCGAACCAGCAAACACGCCCAAACGUUUGGGACAAAGAACACCUCUCAGAACACGACGGCGAGUCAGGACCGGUCCGUGUGGCUGGCGCUCCUCCACUUCCUGUCCCAGCGGCAGCAGACCCCCGUGGUGGCCUUCACCUUCUCCCGGGCGCGGUGCGAUGAUAACGCUCGCUCGCUGGAGUCCAUGGACCUGACCACCUCCAUCGAGAAGGCGGAGAUCCACUCCUUCUUCCAGAAGAGCCUCAGCCGCCUGCGGGGGGGCGACCGCCAGCUGCCGCAGGUACACCCCCAGAAAUACUCGUUAUGGAGGAGUUUGUCUGUUUUUUAUGUUCUCUAUCCAUAAACGUUUUGUAAAUGU